CCAUCUUGAGCAGUUCCCGUAUCCUUCUCCUUCCUCCACCGAGGACGGUCGGUUCGGACGACUCCCUCUCCCCGCUCCGCAAUUCCUCACACCAACGGAGCAAGGCAGCCAAGAUGGACAUUGUGAACCAGUUGGUUGCGGGCGGACAGUUCAGAAUCCUCAAAGUUCCCCUGGGCUUCAUCAAAGCUCUAGAAUGGAUCUUUGCCAUCUUUGCAUUCUCAACAUGUGGGAGUUACUCCGGGAUGUUUUCAAUGAGUGUGGUGUGUAAAAACAGGACCGAGAGCGACCCGAGUAUAUGGGUGGAAUUUGAGUAUCCUUUCAGGCUUCACCAAGUAUACUUUGACGCCCCGACCUGCAAGGGGGGUCCACCCGAGCGUCUCUUCCUGGUUGGUGACUACUCUUCCUCGGCAGAGUUCUUCGUCACCACCGGUGUGUUUGCCUUCCUCUACUCCAUGGCUGCGCUCAGCGUCUACGUCUUCGCCCUGGAGAAGUACCGGGAGAACAACAAGGGACCACUCAUCGAUUUUGGCGUGACGUGUGUGUUCACCUUCAUGUGGUUGGUCAGCUCCGCUGCGUGGGCGAAGGGCCUGUCGGAUGUCAAGGCGUCCACGGACCCUGAGAAAGUGGUGGAUCUGGUCUCAGCCUGCGACGAGGAGGGGAACCGCUGUCGUGAAGUUCACGACCCCGUCAUGUCUGGACUCAACACCUCCGUCUGUUUUGGCUUCAUGAACCUGGUCUUGUGGGGAGGAAACCUGUGGUUCGUCUUUAAGGAGACCGGCAUCAUCGCCCCCUUCAUGCGCGCCCCUCCUCCUCAGGAGAAGCAGCCCGCCCCAGACUCGUACGCCCAGCAGGCGGGGUACGAGCAGGACCCUUACGCCAGCGCCCAGGGGGACUACCAGCCAGAAUACAACCAGCAGCAGCAGGGCUACAACCAGGAGGGUGGAGAGUAUGGACACACACCCACCUCCUUCGCCAAUCAGAUGUGAGGGGGAGGAGGAAAUAGGAAGUGUGGAGGCGGCUGACGGCUGAGAGUCAGCAGAGUGACGGAGGGAGGAGUGUGGUGCCUGGAAACUACAGUACCCACAAUGCUGCACUCCUUCCUGUGUGUCUGUUUGAGCAUCUAUCUGUGUGCUGAGUAAAUGGGGGGCGAGGGGGAGAGUUACCUAAACAUAAAGAAGUGAGGGAACAGGGAGGGGGAGAGAUUAGAUGUUAGUUAUUGUGGUGAAAAAAAGAGAGUACAUAUGAAUAUAAACUUUAACAUAGUACCAUAUGGAAAAUGUUAUUAUAAAAAAUACAUCUAUUUAAAAAUGGAUUAUAAUGUUGACAAUAGUAAUAUUAGACUGUUGAGAGAAUGUAUUCGUAUGUGCUAUAUAGAUAUCACUAUGAACAACUAUAUAGACAAACAUUUUGUCAUGUUAUGUAUGGAACUAUUCUAAUGUUCAGAUUCUGAGUUUAGUAAAUAAAUCAUUUGUAAACAAUAAUUCUGCCAAACACUAAUUCCUCCUCCGUGCAACAAUAUAUACUUUAAAAAUAUAUAUGUUUUGAUACAAUUGUAUUUUAUUCAUCUGCUUGUUCUGUUGUGUCUCUUGGUUUUGGUUUUACAGAACAUCAAGGCAGUUUCAUUAUAUAUAUCUCUCACUCUAUCUCUCACUCUAUCUCUCACUCUAUCUCUCACUAUCUCUCACUCUAUCUCUCACUCUAUCUCUCACAGUGAAAUAAAUGAAACAGUAGACCAAUACAUUUCUUUCCUCAGUCUAAAGCUAUAAGAACUGUGUUGAACAUGUAAAAUCCAUACAUCCCACUAGGAAUACAGUAAAUUCCAUACAUCCCAGUAGGAAUACAGUAAAAUCCAUGCAUCCCAGUAGGAAUACAGUAAAUUCCAUGCAUCCCAGUAGGAAUACAGUAAAUUCCAUGCAUCCCAGUAGGAAUACAGUAAAAUCCAUGCAUCCCAGUAGGAAUACAGUAAAUUCCAUGCAUCCCAGUAGGAAUACAGUAAAUUCCAUGCAUCCCAGUAGGAAUACAAUA